UUUUGGAGCAGACGUGAUGCGUCAUCCAAGCGCUCACAUGCAUCCCCUGGCGUCCAGUGUUUCUCUCCGCACCGCAUCCCCACAUCCCCAAAAACAACCCAACGCAGUCCCAUGGGAGUGUAGAGAGGACACUACGGCUGCACGUGCAGUGAAAUCCAGCCUCGCCGGUGAUCUCUGAUGAAGCUCCUGCGUAAACUCUUCCUGUGUGUUGGAGAGAGGGAGGACAGUCCGGGCGGGUGGGGUGAGCAGCCGGAGGACAGGGGCUCUGCUCGCCUUGAGUUUGACGCAGAGGCAGCCCCAUGCAGGAGCCGCUCCACCUUAAGACCUCAGCGCCCCCUCUCUGCUCCCUCUCCCCGAGGAGCGGGGCUGAGGAGCCCGGCCACGGUGCACCACAGCCGGCUUGGCACGGGGGGGAGGUGAGUACGGCUCCUGGAGCCUCAGCCAGCACGGUAUGGUUACCACUCCCGACCUGAUGCCAUCUCCCAGCUCCAGUUGCACAGACACUACAACACUGAUCCUUAUAAUGCACUGCUGCCUGUCACCAUGAGUUAUGUUGGAAUAAGGAAAAAGUUAUGAAGUAGAGCUCUUAAUGUGAAGCAGAGGUUUAUUUUGGUCCCUUAUUUUCAAUGUUUACACCUCAUGAUAAAGAAAAACAGACUCAUUGUGAAAUGACAAACAUAUAUGACAGAGGAACACACUCAGUCAUGAUAUCUGCGGGCUGUGAGUGUGUGUGUACAUCUCAUGAGUCACAAACACAGUAAGCAGAAGAAAACACUCCUCUUCUCAGAGCUCCCUUCCCUCCACAAUGAUUGAUUAUUAUUAUGGCAACGCUCCAGGUUGCUGGUGCGUUUUCGUUGCGCACGGGAUUUGGCCCCUCUCACAUCAAAGGGCCCUCAGGAAAGGGGUGGUCCCGGGGCAGGGGGAUAUAUAGGAGGGACCGGCUCUGUUCUGACUGCAAGGCAAGAGCAGAGAACAGACUAAACGGGCCAGCAGAGGAAAACCCUGCCCCCGAACUUAAAGACAGAGAAACUGAGACAUCUGCUGAGAUCUGGAGAGAAAGAGACCCGUUGGAUUUACUGCAUCCACAUCCAGACUUUAUUUUCAUUAAAUGAAAAGACUUUUCUGCAACAGUCAGUCUGCACAUAACUUUUAACGACUUUUGCACUGGAUUUGAUCCUUUUUUAGAUUUUUAUGCUCGUGCGUAAUUUGGGGAACAAUUUUGUGGAAGUUCAAAGACUCAGAGAUAGUGGAAAACCUUUUAAAGGAUUAACUUGCUUCCUGGUAGAGACUUUAUUAUCAAUAAAUUUUCUCGACUGUCGGAUUUCAAAGUUUUAUGAUGUUGCUUUUACGCGUUUCCAUUGGUUUAAUUGCCGCUUUGUGCGUCGGCACGGCGCACGGCGCCUGGGAGGAGAGCACCGUGGUGCCCGUCAGAUUAGACCCCGUGGCCCGGUCGGAGAGCGAAACCGAACCGUGGCGGACUCUCUCCCCGGAGGAGAAGGAGAAGGAGGCGGAGAUGAGGGAGUAUCGGUUGGACGUAUUUGGAAAGGAGCUGUUCUUGCAGCUUGAACCUGACCAGACCUUCUUGGCGCCGGGUUUUGUCUUCAGCUUAGUGGGGAGUCCCGAGACCGAACCCACGCAGGAACCCAAGAGUGGAGCGGAACCGGGGUGUUUCUUCUCAGGCACCGUGAACGGAGAGGAGCACUCCGCCGCUGCGCUCAACCUGUGUCACGGACUCAGAGGCGGAUUCUACUUUCAGGGUGAAGAGUAUUUUAUCCAGCCCCUCAACUCGAGUGACUUCCAGGGCUCAGAGGAGGAGGUCCACAGCAUCCGCCGGAGAGGCCGUGCAACUCUGGCUGAGGAGGGGAGCUCCAAGUGCGGGGUCAACGAGGACGAGGAGAGGGUGCCAAAGAAUCUGGAGAAAGAAGCUUGGAGCGGAGCCGCUAACGCAGAGCAGACAGCUCACCACAGAUCCCGGCGUUUUGUUUCCACCCCUCGCUACCUUGAGAUCAUGCUUGUCGCAGACCAGUCCAUGGCCGAGUUCCACGGCGCCGGGCUCAAGCCCUACCUGCUGACCAUCAUGGCAGUCGCAUCCCGCCUCUACCGCCACCCCAGCAUCCACAACUCCAUCAGCCUGGCGGUGGUGAAGCUGCUGGUGGUGUACGAAGAGGAGCGAGGCCCUCAGGUGUCGUCCAACGCUGCCAUGACCCUCCGAAACUUCUGUCAGUGGCAGAGGCAGCACAACCCGCCCAGUGACCGUCACCCCGAGCACUAUGACACCGCCGUGCUCUUCACCAGGACGGAUCUCUGUGGAGCUCACUCUUGUGACACUCUUGGCAUGGCUGAUGUUGGCACCGUGUGUGACCCUGACAGAAGCUGCUCCAUCAUUGAGGAUGACGGCCUUCAGGCAGCUUUCACUGUGGCUCACGAGCUGGGCCACGUCUUCAACAUGCCUCACGAUGAUGCUCAGCUGUGCUCAGGCGUCAACGGCGCCCACUGGGGCUCCCACAUGAUGGCAUCCACCUUAUCCAACCUGGACCAACAGCAGCCGUGGUCCCCUUGCUCCGCCCUCAUGGUCACCACCUUCCUGGACAAUGGCCACGGUCAGUGCCUUCUGGACAAGCCGGUGAAACCUCAGGCUCUGCCCCAGCCUCUGCCCGGGACUGUGUACGACGCCGACCAUCAGUGUCGGCUCACCUUCGGAGAGGAGUCGCAGCAUUGCCCGGAUCUGAGCACCACGUGUGCGGCUCUGUGGUGCACCGUGACGACGACCAACGGUUUGCUGGUGUGCCAGACGAAGAACUUCCCCUGGGCGGACGGGACGCCGUGCGGGCACGACAGCUUCUGCUUGGCCGGACAGUGUCUCACCAAGAGCCAAGCCGCUAAACACCAGACUCCUGUCAACGGCGGCUGGGGCUUGUGGGGUCCAUGGGGCGACUGCUCUAGAACCUGUGGUGGAGGAGUCCAGUACUCCUUCCGCUCCUGCGAUACCCCUUUGCCCAAAAAUGGGGGCAAGUACUGCGAGGGCAAGAGGAUCCAGUACCGCUCUUGUAACACAGAGGCCUGCCCUGACACCAAUGGCCUCUCUUUCCGUGAGGAGCAGUGCCUGGCGCACAACGACAUGUCAGCCCAAGUGUCGCUGGGUUCAGGGGAGGGUGUUGAGUGGGUGCCUAAGUAUGCUGGAGUCUCACCCAAAGACCGCUGCAAGCUGGUGUGCCGCGCCAAGGGGACUGGAUACUUCUUUGUCCUCAAAUCCAAGGUGGCUGACGGCACGCCCUGCAGUCCAGACUCCACCUCGGUGUGUGUUCAAGGCCAGUGCGUCAAAGCUGGGUGUGAUCGUGUCAUCGGCUCCAACAGGCGCUUUGAUAAGUGUGGCGUGUGCGGUGGAGAUGGAUCAACGUGCAAGAAAGUGUCCGGCUCUCUGGAGCGUGCAAGACCUGGUUACCAGGAUGUUGUCACGAUCCCUGCUGGUGCGACCCACGUCGAUGUAAAGCAGCGUGCCCCCGGCAGCAGCCGCCACGAUAACAGCUACUUAGCGGUGCGGCGCCAGGAUGGGACCUACCUGUUGAACGGGGACUACAAGCUGAUGACCAUGGAGACUGACAUCGCCUUGCAAGGGUCCCUCCUGCGAUACAGCGGCUCCUCCGCCUCCCUGGAGCGCCUCCGCAGCUUCGCCCCUCUCCCCUCUCCCCUCACCAUCCAAGUCCUGUCUGUCGGAGAGUCUCCCAGACCUAGAGUUAAGUACAGCUACUUUGCACCCAGACCCAAGAAUGCUGCUUCAGCGUCCAACAACAACGCAGGCCGCCGCCAGUCCAUCAACGCCAUCAGAGAGGUCGGCGGUGCCGAGUGGACCCUGAGAGAGUGGGGUCCGUGUUCGCAGACGUGUGGCGGAGGCACGCAGCAGAGGGAGGUGGUGUGUCUGGAUCCUCAGGGUCGCCCUUCAAGAGAUUGCCCUGAGGAGCUGCGUCCUUUGGCGUCCAGGUCCUGCGCCGCCCAGCCGUGUCCCUCCUGGCUCCUCGGAGAAUGGUCAGCAUGCUCAAAGACCUGCGGGCGAGGCUUCCGCAAACGCCAGCUGCGCUGCAUCGGGCACGACGGGCGCACGCUAACCCACGACAGCUGCGACUCCAAAGACCGGCCGCGACCCCUGCUGGAACUGUGCAAUCAGGGCGCCUGUUAAGGACCGCCAUCCUCCGUAAACCCAGCUCUUACUCAGACGUCCGAUAAAACUCUCACUGCCUCUCCUCUUUUUUCAACGGACAUCCUGAGAGGCCGAUGAAUGUUUACAUCCAGAACCAGAGUGCUGCAGGUUUUCGCUGGUUCUCGGAGGUCAAUGGGUCCACUUUUUUCCUUCCAAUUCGGAGGCAGCAAUCAGUCCACAAGUCCUCGCCGCUCGCCGCUGCGUCACGAGACUGAUCCCAGCCUGUCAGAGCAGCAGUGGCACAUCGUACCUCCCAUCAGGAGGCAGAAAGCAUGGACAUUCCUGGUUUCCUAAAGGAGCAUGCUGCUUACUGUGCCAAUGCUUGUGCGUGCGUGAGUGUGUGAGAGUGUGUGUGAGAUAUUUUUAAUGCAUGUAUAUGAUGUUUGUCCAAGCUGGGCUGGACACACGUCGGGGUUUUUUGGGGGUGGGGGAGGUUCUCACAGAGUAUAUAAGGAAAGAAAUGAAAGAGAGGAGCUCAUAUGGACUCGCUCAGCCCAUCAGGUAUGGAUUUAAGAUAAUGUUAACGUCCGAGUGUUUAUGUUCAAACCGUUUAUUUAUCACAAACCUGUAGCACUUCAUCUUUGGCACAUGUAACACCCAGUUGUCUCCUAACGCCUCAGCCAUAUCUUGCCCUCCUCCACACCGCAGCCUUUAAAUGAGGGAACUCUCCAAAGACCAAAGAGGAGUGUGUGUGUGUGCGCGUUUGUUAGUGUGUGAUUGCGUGUGUGUGUGUGUGUGUGUGUGUGUGUGGAGACCUAAAGAGGGACUUGUCUCCUGCUAAUACUUCAUAAGUAAGUCUCUCCUGCCUUCCGCGAAGGCUCCUUGUUUUUUUUUUCUAUCAUGUGGUUUUCUUUUGUACAGAAUAUCCAAACAUUAUUUAUUUUUGUACAGCCUGUUAAAUAUAACCAUGUGGCUUUUUAAUAUUAUUUUUUAUUUGUCAUUGAGAUCACAGAAGGGAGUAGAGUAUACAGAGUAUUUAUACAGUGUUUUAUAUAUAUAAAUAUAUAUAUAUGGUCCUAGGUUCAUGAAUAAAGUAUCACAUUGACUUGUGC